GGGUGGAGCUGGAGCUCAGAUUGACAGAAGUCAAAGAAAAACCUGAAGAAGUCACUGGCUAGAGGAGGCACUGGGUCCGCCCUCUGAACACCAAGAUCAGUG